CAUGCCGUCGUGAUCGUAAGAGAAUCCGAUGUUACCAUGUGAAGGAUGAAGGAUUAAUGAUCACUCGUCAAGAAGUAGAAAGAAAUGCACGUUAGUGCUUUUAAUAGUGUCACAUUUUCGACAUCGGCUGAUCAUCGUACAGAAAGAAAUCAUAGAAAUUUUCAAAGCAUGGAGAUGCAACAGAACGGACCAAAUUCAUCGCCCCCUAUUUUCUCAAAUCCCACUGUUAUCACCGCACAACCGCAAGGAGAUGUUCAACAGCCAAGAAGACCAAUUCCUGUCAGCACUUUGGACUGGGUAUCAACCACGCGAUCGCAAUUGAAUGCCCUCUCAGGAAGCCACUUCUUGGGCAACGUGGAACAAUUAGAAAUACAUCAGAUCGUCGAUUUGAGUACAUUACUCGGUAGAUCAGAAAAAGGACUCCAAUACCGAGUUAAAGUACCAAAGGCCGAAACGCUAUUCUUAGCGAUGGAAGCGAGAUCUGAAAAUCGAACAAAUGGAUUGAGUUGGUCAAAAUGGAUUCGUAGAGACUGUACGUUCAACAUUUUAGAUCAAUGCGGCGAAGUAGCGUUCGUUAUGAGAAUAAAUUCACAGUGGACUUACACUUUAAACAAAUUAUACAAAAUCACAGUCGGAAGCUCGAACCUGAUCGGAACAGUGGAAGAAAAUUUCAGUAUAUUAGGUCCAAGUUUCACGGUUUACGAUUCGAUGCGAAAACAACUUUGCAACAUUUACGGUCCAAACGUUUGCGGCUGCUGCAUGUACAAAGAAGCACAAUUCCAAGUAAUUGCUAUUGACGGUACUCAUCAAAUUGCAUCCUUGAUGCAUCAAUGGGAUAACACUCUUCACGAUUAUACUUUAUUAAUCACAUUUCCCGCUGACAUAGAUAUCAAACUAAAAAGCUUACUUCUAGCCGCAGCAUUUUUAAUGGCAAGUAUUCAAAUUCAUUUAUUCCGCCAUUUAUUUCAAACACUUGUUUUUCUUACCACACGUUUCAAGGAAGAAUGUAAAAGUUUCACGAAAAAACUGAUGUAUGCAUGUUUUAUCAAACUUUAUGUCUACGUUACCGACUGUAUAUUCUAAGCAAGACAUAUAGUUGUAUAACAGAUUUUAAUCAAUCACAUUUCAAUGAUGUAACUAUCUAAUAAGUACAAUCUACUCAUUAUUCGUUUUGAAAAUAACGUGUAAAUAUUGUAUUAUUCAAGUUUUUAUGUCGUGAAUGUUAU